GUUCGGCGACCCUGGAAACGUACAUUUGUUUCACCUGAGUUGAUUUAUAUAAUAAAUAACAUUACUUUAUACAGUUGUUAAAAAGCGGAAACUUCGACGAGCAUGAAAUCACCAAUAAACAACAUGUUAUAUAAUACAUGCUGUGUUUGAAAGCUUUACGAUUUCAGGACAGAAAAGCCACUCUGUUAGGAACAAGGAACACCAGUAGCUUCGCUGGUGCUAUUAACACUAAUGGCACAUUAGCGCAAAGACAGGGCUGCAUACGGCGAGUUGCGUCUUGCUUGGCAGUUAACGUUCGUUGGCGUGGGAAACGGCGGUUCUAGUGCUAAACCGCUACCGAAAAGACUAUAAAAGCUGCGCCGACAAAAUAAAAGCGCCCAGUCAGGUUCUAAAUCAUAACCUUUUGUUUUGACUAUCGGUCCAGCUCCGUAUGGGACAGCUUCUGGGUACGGACCCGGACCGCGGUCCGCCUGGCCUCUGCUCUAAGGCUUUACUCCCGAGCAUGUGUUACUGCAUUACCGAAACUGAAUGUUUGGUGUACACAUUUUUUUUCUUCAAUAAAGUUGAUUGUAAUAAAAGUUUUUAUCCGUGUUUAGUUGCAUUGUCUUAGCAAGUUCACUUCUUUUUCCAUCCAUGUAAUUUUCAAUGUGGUGACGUAAUCCAUCUAACAAGUUCGAAUCGCGUGGCUGCCUUGGCCGCGUUCUAAGACUGAUGACGCAGUGUACACGUAAUUUAGAACGCGAGCGCUCACUACCCAUUUCGAGUAUUCCACGGGUUAGUUACGGAUCGCGCUUCUCUUCUGGUGAAAUCAUGUCUGUCAGUGAACCUUCCCGCGCUCAGAUGGCAUCGGAAGUGCCUGAGAUUCUGGUAGAUCCCAAGACAUUAAGGUCCUACGGCAGGGAUGAGCUUUUGGGACAGGGCGCUUGUGGCAAAUGCUAUAAGAUGACCGAUCUUGAAACUGGCGACACCUAUGCUGUUAAGGUCAUCCGGCUAUAUUCCUGGGGAGUGGAGGAGGUCUGUGAAGAAGUACAGAUUUUAAAAACACUGCGGCACAAGAAUGUGGUGGGGUUCUCCCACUCUUUCGAAGAUGACAAAUUCAUGUAUAUUUUCAUGGAGUUGUGCAGUGGGCAGACACUCGGUGACAUUUUAAAAGCUCGGGGGACUUUGACUGAGCCCGAAGUGCGAUACUACAUUAACCAGCUGAUUUCAGGGUUAACAUACAUCCACCGGCAAGGUUACGUCCACAGGGACAUCAAGUUGGAAAAUUUAUUUAUCAAUGACCAAAUGGAACUGAAAAUUGGGGAUUUCGGACUGGCGGUCAAGCUGGAGCCGAGGGAGAAAGAAGUGUGUGGUACUCCCGUCUACAUGGCUCCAGAAGUGUGGAAACGAGAGGGCCAUGGAACGGAAGCGGACGUCUGGGCACUGGGCUGUGUCAUGUACCAGCUUCUGGUUGGGGAAAUCGCAUUCUACGAUGACGAUUACUGGGAGAUGCUCAAGAAUAUAAAGGAAGCCAAAUUUAUUCUACCGCAGAAUCUCUCUAUUGAAGCUGGGAAACUGACGGGCAAGAUAUUUAGAAUCGACCCACGGGAUCGCCCGUCACUAUCGAAUGUCCGUCGCCACAAGUUCUUCACAAAGGGCUUCACUCCAAAGACACUGCCAGCUAGUAGCUGCAAUACACCACCAAAGCAUAAAGCAGUCAACCCAUUCAAAAAGAUUUUCAACCGUUUCAUGCGCCUGAUACGAAAAAAGCGAUCCAGAGUUGAGCCUUUACGGGAGGAUGCCGAGCAGAGUGGACUUGAGAUCCCCCAGCCUGUGGAGUCACUCCGUGUUCUAGAGGAUGUCAACAGACCAAUGAACAAAUUGACCUGGUCCAGUUGGUCAAAGUGGUUGAGGGACCUGUAGGCAGGCUGUACUCAGCAAGUGCAGUGACGCCCCACACCUGAGUGCCUCCCCCAGCUCCCUGUCCACUCCUGUUUCAAUAAAGUUCUUUUGUGUUUCAAGCA